UUAUUAAAUUAGUUGACAUGGGCAAGUACAGCAGUAUAAUAACGUUAUGGUUUGUAGUGAGGCAGACUUACUAUGAGGCUGGGGCGUAACUGUAACUAGUUUUGCCGUAACAUUUGUGAAAAAUAAGUGGCAUGUCGAAAGAAAUAUCCUGAAUUGAUCCUCCGAACAGUCACUCUGGAAAUGAUGACGACACCGGCAAGACAUGAAAGUUUUUUCUGUGAUACAACGUUCAUAAAACAAGAGCCAGUGGAAGCUGAACCACACACAUCUCCUAAGCAAGAGAUCGAGUACAUAUCUGUUAAAGAGGAGGCUCUGGUGGAAGCUGAACCACACACAUCUCCUAAGCAAGAGAUAGAGUACAUAUCUGUUAAAGAAGAAACUCUGUGUCUGCGGGAUUGGGAGGUUCCAGAGGGCCACGAUAGUGUGCGGGAUCCCUUAAGCGUCAAUAAAAAGGAAAAUUCACCUUCAGAAGAUUUUCGCACAUCUAGCACAUUAAAUAUUGAGAAAACAGAGGAUGAGGAAGAAGAGGAGAAGGCAAUGAGCAAGGACAGUGGGGAGGAAUGUUCAUCUUCAGAAGAAUUUCUUGAGCGUAGUGUGUUCCAUGCUGAGAAGACAGAGGAUGAGGAAGGUGAUCAAGCAGUGAGUGAGGAUGACUUUGAGGAGCUCAAACAUGGAGUGGAGUCAACAAGCAGUGACAGUGAACCAGAAAGUGCUGGAAGAAAAAAUCGAAGAGACUGGUAUUGUUCACUGAAUGUCAGUGGGCUACGGAACAAAAUGUUCAUAUAAUCUAAGAGAAUGUAAAAAACAAAACUAAGUGCUUUAUGGUUUUUACCCCUGUACCCACUAAGUAUGUAAGUAUGUGUUUCCACCUGGUGUGUAAAUGUAUGUAUAUUUCGAUCUUUCAGUGGUAUCUUUGCAGAUAUUUAAGAUGUGAUACACACUGAGGAGCCGAGGAAACUGCCUAAUAUCGUGUGGGGACCCCAUGAGCACGCAAAAGUGCUGCAACACGACGUGGCAUGGACUCGACUAACGUCUGAAGUAGCACUGGAGAGAAAAAAACACCAUGAAUCCCUCAGGGAUGUCCACAAAUCCGUAAGAUUACGAGGGGUGGAGAUCUCUUCUGCACAGCAAGUUGCAAAACAUCCCAGAUAUACUCAAUAAUGUUCAUGAUUGGGGAGUUUGCUGGCCAGCGCAAGUGUUUAGACUCAGAAUGUUCCUGGAGCCACUCUGUAGCAACUCUGCAGCAAUUUGAGGAAGGGUUGAACUUCAGUCACGCUGAACGAUUUUCUUCAGUCGUUGUUUGUCCUGUUCUCGAAGGAUCUUUUUUCCGGAUAUUCAUGGUACAUUCGCGAAAUGGUCAAAUGGGAAAAUCCCUACUUCAUCACUACUUCGGAGAUGAUGUGUCCCAUCGCUCGAGCGCUGACUGUAAGACCACGUUCAGCCUCAUUUAAAUCUUGAUAACCUGACAUUGUAGCAGCAGUAACCGAUCUAACAAUUUCGCCAGACACUUGUUGUCUUAUGCAGGCGUUGUCGACGGCAACGUCGUAUUUUGCCUGUUCACAUAUCUCUGUAUUCGAAUACGUGUGCAUAUACGAGUUUCUUUGGCGCUUCAGUGUAUGUCAUAAGCAUAGCACAAUAUGUUCAUAAGAGACAAAGUAAUUAGUAUCAAAAAUUAUUAACACAGUCAUAUCAUGGUAAUUGAGAGAGAGCAUACAUAGAAAAAAUAAUUGUGAUGGAUGGUUUUUUCAUUUUACCGACACUCUCUCCCUGUCUUGUGUGCGUUCUCAACAGAUGCAAACACACAGUUUCCAUGUACACAUACUUUUUCCUGAAUAUAAUUGACAGCCAGAAAAUUUGUCAUCAGAAGCAAACAUUUCAAAUAAAUUAAUAUAAUUUACUGUAUGUCCCCCUCGUCCUUUGCAAUUAAUAUGAAGCUGUUGAUAGACUUUUUUCAUAAACACGACCAAGAAAUGGAAAGAGCUACAUCAUGAAGCACCAGACUGAUAUUUAUCAAAUUUCCUGAAAUUAUUAAUCACUUCACAUGUAUUACAUGAUUAAACUUUUCCAUGGUUACCAAUUUGGGAAUUGCCCCUCUCUUAUAUUCGAUGUGUCACCAAGAUUACUGCUUGGAGGCUGGUGUGAAAGUCUUCUCAUCACAUAUAAUCGUCUUGCAGAAAUCUGCGAGUACAUUCGAUACUCUGAUCUUGAAGGUCGUGACAAAGGUUUUACCUUUCUUGGCGUGGCUUGAAACUAUUUAGCCUCCCUUUAAAAGUAUUAUCAAACCAGUCCUUGUGUCAUACCAAUUAUCUCCUUGCAUCGUGAUUCCAAGAAUUUGACAGGUAUGCAUCUCGAGAACUGCUGCUUCCUACAGCCUUUCACGAAUCGUCUGCAGAUACAUUGGUGUUGAUAUCAUCGCCAGAAACAAAAGUGAGACUGAUCGUUUAAGACCAGACAUUUUUGUUUAAGUGCCUAUUGUCUCUGGCGUUACCAUGUUAAGGUUCUGUUGUCUGUGGUCUCACGCCAGCAGUAAACGAGUCAUGGCAAAUCGAACUCUCAGUACCAAAUCAAAUGUUAGGUUGCCCUUUGUUCGGCCACUGGGUGUUACUUAUAUACUUUUUUCUAGGCAUCAUAAAUGUCCAUACAGUCUACUCUUAUUCCAUAUUCUGUUCCAUGAUUCAUCACUCAGUAUACGUUUUUAUCCACUACCCCACGAUCAAGGUGUUGUUUUUAUUGAGUCUAAGCAAAAGCGAUCAUUCUGUUUUUGGCCAAAUGGCUCUGGGUGGUUAGACACUUAAGAAAAUUGUCUAAAGCUCCCAACUAAUCUGUUAACUGGAACAGUAGAAAUGUUUGAAAUUAAUGUCUGCCACACACCAUAAGGUGGCUCGUGGAGUAUAGAUGUUAAUGUAAAUCACAAAAUAUACAUUAGAAUUAUAUAGUCCCGAACAUAAUUUCGUAUGUCAAAUGGAUCAAUGAUAGUAUUUCAUGUUUUUGUGAUGUUUGGUAUUGUAAUAACAAUACAGUCAGUGGAUUUGCCCACUUUUAGAUCCUGUGAACAUUAUCUGUAAAUUUCACGAACUUUUGAGAUCUGCAACAAUGAUUCAUACGAAAGCAAAUCAUUCUGUUCCCUCUUUCAACCCAAACAAUAAUGUUGAUUCUAGACAUUUUGCUCAUAAUUUAUA